AGCAGCAGGAUGGGAGGAUGCCGGUGCGUUUUUUCCUGCGUCAUUUUUAGAGCUAAAGCUGAAUGUCGGUCAUCAGGCAGCCAUGGUGGAGGAGUUUUAAAGUCAUGCAGCAGGGAGGGGCCCCUCCUCUGCUGAAGGAUCCAUCUCUGCUCUAAACGCCACAGUGAGUCAGCUGGAGCCUCCGAUGAAUGAAUGAAUGAAGAGGAGCAGGACGCACUGACAGCCGGGGAGCCAGGUACCGGAGCGCGCUGUUGACGCAUCAUCCAACAGGAGGAGGAGGAGCAGGAGGAGGCGGAGGAGGAGGAGGGGGUCUUAUUCUAAACUCAAAUCCUUUAGAAGAGAUUUACGGAGCUGCUGCUGCGGGUUCAACCUUCAGGAAGACGCAACAUUUCUCUCAUUUUUCCUGCAGAGGAUCCAGUUUUUUCUCGGAUAUUUGGAUCAACUGCGCAGUGAAAUUAAUCCAACCUUUAAUUGGCAUCGCUGUGGAUUGUAGAUCAAGGCGUGGACAGAAUCAGCCGCCCCAUCCAUCAUUACAGGUUUGAUCCACCGGGGGUCCGGAGCCACCAUGACAGGCCCCCCGCUGGUCCCUCGGCCCGCAUGCUGACGGUACCGGGCAGGAUGGGAGCAGCUCUGCCGAUACCAGCAUCCGGAACCAGCCGAUUCAUCAAUGGAGGAGGAGAGUGACACCCGGAAAAUUAACAACAGCUUCCUUCGCGAUCACAACUAUGCAACCGAAGCUGACAUUAUCUCUACGGUGGAGUUUAACUCAACAGGGGAGCUGUUGGCCACUGGGGAUAAAGGAGGAAGAGUGGUUGUCUUCCAGAGGGAGCAGGAGAGUAAAACACAACCCCAUCGUCGAGGGGAGUACAACGUUUACAGCACAUUCCAGAGUCACGAGCCUGAGUUUGACUACCUGAAGAGUUUGGAGAUCGAGGAGAAGAUCAACAAGAUCAAAUGGCUCCCUCAGCAGAACGCAGCGUACUUUCUGCUCUCCACCAACGACAAAACCGUGAAGCUGUGGAAGAUAAGCGAACGGGACAAGCGUCCAGAAGGCUACAACCUGAAGGAUGAGGACGGGCGCUUCAGGGACCCCUCCACCAUCACCUCUCUGCGAGUGCCUGUUCUGCAGCCCAUGGAUUUGAUGGUGGAGGCGACAGCCAGGCGCGUCUUCAGCAACGCCCACACGUACCACAUCAACUCCAUCUCCGUGAACUCUGACCUGCAGACCUUCAUCUCCACGGAUGACCUCCGGGUGAACCUGUGGAACCUGGAGAUCACGGACCGCAGCUUCAACAUUGUAGACAUUAAGCCAGCCAACAUGGAGGAGCUGACGGAAGUCAUCACCUCAGCAGAGUUUCACCCCCAGCAGUGUCACACCUUCGCCUACAGCAGCAGCAAAGGCUCCAUACGCCUCUGUGACAUGAGGCAGGCCGCCCUCUGUGACAAGCAUUGCAAAUACUUCGAAGAGCCGGAGGAUCCAUCAACACGCUCCUUUUUCUCCGAAAUUAUCUCCUCCAUCUCCGAUGUUAAGUUCAGCCACAACGGGCGCUACCUGAUGACAAGGGACUACCUCACUGUCAAGGUGUGGGACCUCCAGAUGGAGAACAAACCACUGGAAACCUACCAGGUCCACGACUACCUGAGGGGCAAACUCUGCUCUCUGUAUGAGAACGACUGCAUCUUUGACAAGUUCGAGUGCGUCUGGAACGGAUCGGACAGCGUCAUAAUGACCGGUUCCUACAACAAUUUCUUUCGAAUGUUUGACCGGAACACCAAACGGGACGUCACGCUGGAGGCGUCCAGAGAGAACAGCAAACCUAGAGCUAUUCUGAAGCCUCGAAAGGUUUGCGUCGGUGGGAAACGACGGAAGGAUGAGAUCAGCGUAGACAGCCUGGACUUCAGCAAGAAGAUCCUCCACACCACGUGGCAUCCGCACGAGAACAUCAUCGCCGUAGCGGCCACCAACAACCUCUACAUCUUCCAGGACAAAGUGAACUAAUAAGGCAGCCCGCCCCCCCCCAUUGACUGUGGACCCACACAGACGUGCGGGGCUCCUGUCUUAACCCCCCCCCUCCCCUCCCCUCCCCCAUCCUCAGACUCUAUUUUAAAAGAGUCAAGUGUUAUGAGGAAUUGAACACUGAAACAGAUCAGAUGCAUUUCUAGAAAACGACUUCUGGUUUCAUUCAUGCGGAAAACCGAGGGAUUGAAUCCUGUGGGUUUAUGCAACACGAAGGAUCGUUGCAUGAAUGAUGUUAUGUAGCAGCCCUCUGGACCCUGAAGAAACAGGCGGAUAGGUGAAGUAAAAGAGCACAGAGACGGGAAGCCGGCUCGUCUUCAUGUAGCGCCAGUCCCCCCCCCCCCCCCC